ACACGAAGAAAAUAUGACGUCAAAAUAUGAACGCAUUAAAAACGAAUGUCGUGCUCGUAAUACUCUGUGGGAAGAUCCCGAUUUCCCGGCCGUGCAAACUUCCGUAUUCUAUUACCAAACCCCGCCGUUCACCUUCCAGUGGCGCCGCAUCUCCGAAAUAGCUGACAUAAAAAAUGCCUGCUUUGUCAAUGAGUCGGAAAAUUUCGAUGUUAUACCCGGAAAAAUGGGUGAUCGUUGGCUGGUUUCCUGUUUAAGUGUUUUGCACUCUUUACGCAAUCUAUUCUAUCGUGUGGUCCCAGCCGAUCAAUCUCUGGACAAGGCCAAUGGUGUUUUCCGUUUUCGUUUGUGGUGGUGCGGUGAAUGGGUUGAGGUGUUGGUCGAUGAUCGUUUGCCCACCAUAAAUGGUCGUCUGGCAUUUCUGCAACCACAAUCGUCGAAUUGUUACUGGGCCUCGUUGCUGGAAAAGGCCAUAGCCAAACUGCACGGUUCUUAUGAGGCCUUGAAAUAUGGAACACGUUCGGAUGGCUUGAGUGAUCUAUUGGGUGGUAUUGUUGAGUGUAUACCGAUCAAGGCGAAUAGCACUACAGAACUGAUACGCCCGCAACAAUUGAAAACUUUGUUGGACACGACCUGCAUUAUAACGUGUAUAGCAGCAACAAGUGCAGUAACGCAACAUAAAAAUACUCCGGAACGUUUACCAAAUGGUAUAACGUUAAAUGUUAACUAUAGACUCUGCUCUUUGGAUAAAGUGGAAACUCUACUCGGUGAUGCUGUCCAGCUGGUGCGCAUCAAGGACCCACUAACAUGCAAUGCCUUUGCAAACAGCAACGAUUAUGAAGGAGAUUGGUCAGGUCUAUCGGCGACAUGGGAACGUGUUUCAGUACAGGAACGUGAUCGAUUAUUUGGUCAAUUGGAUGUUGGAGAAUUUUGGAUGUCCUUCUUGGAUUUUACACAAACAUUUUCCAGUUUAGAAGUCAUAUAUUUAGAUGCCGACACGGCGAAAGAUGAAUUAUCGUUACAGGAUAAACCAAAACGUUGGCAAAUGAAAAUGUUUCAGGGCCAGUGGAAGCGUGGUGUCACCGCUGGUGGUUGUCGUAAUCAUGAAUCGUUUCACAUAAAUCCCCAGUUGCUGCUGAACAUACCCGAGAAACAGGAAAUUGUUGUGGCCUUAAAUCAACACACUGCCGUCGAACCAAAAGUCAUCGGUUUUACAAUGUAUAAAAUGAGUGGAAUUGCCGGUUCGAAGGUUAAUCAAAAAAUCACCGAAAGUUUACCCAAAGAUUUUUUCAAAACUCAUGUCAGUUUCUUGAAUUCCGAUUAUGGCAAUACAAGACAUGUCACCUGCAAGUGUCAAUUGGAAGUGGGCCAGUAUGUCCUCAUGCCAACGACUUACGAACCCGGGGAGGAAUCUAGUUUUACGGUGCAUAUUUUGGGUACACUGCCACUGCGUUUGUCACUUUUGGAGACACAGACACUGAUGUUAUUGGAUCCAUUCCCGGUGCUUAAGAACGAGGCGGAUUCGCUGAAAAUCAAAAAUGUCUGUCAAUAUGAACCAAUUUUCAUGCAAUUGGCCGAUGAAAAUAAAACCAUCAAUUGUUUUGAACUACACGAGCUGCUGGAUGCCUGUCUGCCGAAUGACUAUAUCAAAGGUUGUGCAAAUGUAGAUAUUUGCCGGCAAGUAAUUGCUCUGCAGGACAAAACAGGAACUGGUCGCAUUAACUUUUUACAAUUCAAAACAUUUAUGGUCAAUCUGAAGACAUGGCAGGGCGUUUUUAAGAUGUACACCAAAGAAAAGGCUGGCAUUCUGCGUGCUGAACGUCUCCGUGAUGCGCUCUAUGAUGUGGGCUUCCAACUGAGCACCGAUAUUAUGAAUUGUAUUAUGCAACGUUUCAUACGCAAAGAUGGAACGCUGCGUCUCAGUGAUUUCGCCUCGGCGGUAUUACAUUUGACGGCUGCCUUUGAUUAUUUCCAGCGUAAGGAUCACAAUCAGGAUAAUGUCAUCGAAAUUGAAAUGUCCGAUUGGAUAAAAUGUGUAUUGCGUUGUUAACA